AUGUUGCACGAUGUUAAUGAGUCUCAGGACUUCUCAGAUAAACAAAUAAUUGAUGAAUUAUCAUUAUGCAAAUUGCAUAACAACAAUGAUAAAAAAAUAAUUGAAGAAUUAUGCGAAUUGCAUGAAAAAGAAUUAUUUAAAGGAAGUUAUGAUUUUGAAUUCAUUAAUUCAAUAGAAAAAUAUUUGGCAAGAAAUCAAUUAAACUGA